GGCGACACGCACGUGGGAUAGUCGCUCGCUUCGUCUCCGCACUACAAGUUCACGCGGACAACUAGGUCACUGUUUUCGUGGUGCCACUUACGAAGAAACUUACACAUCUAGUGUUGUGAAUGGUUCAAGUGACAGCGAAUUGAGAUUAUUCGCAGUGAAAUAACAAACCAGCGGCCCUUUUGAAGUGUGCGGGAUGCUUGCGUGAGCGCAGCGCAUGACGUGCUACGAAACGCUGAGAGCUCCGGCACCCGCCGCAGACGCCCCCAUGGCGCACCACUUCGUCAAGUGGUGGCGCAACAAGUUUAGAAAUGGAUACAAAAAGUUCAGCAUCGGCACGGAAAGUGAACGCACAGACACCGAAGAACUGGUUGGUCGUGCAGCGUCACAGUGCUCCGCACCACCAGAUCUGCUGCCCAGCGAAGCGCGAGCACUGCUGCAGCCAACCGCGUCCUCGCCGCGAGUCUCUCGGCCUUCUCACGAGCCAAUAUACAAGAGGCCUCCUUCACCGGUGCAGUUGCAAAAUCAGCACGAUGACAAACCUAAACUACGGUUUGAGGAGCUGACAUGUGACGUAGAGCUGCAGCACCCAGAGCCAUCGAAACAACAACCUCUACAAUUCUCAUUUACACUCUACGACCUCGAUGGCCAUGGACGUAUGACUAAAGACGAUAUAGCGGGUAUAGUAUCGACAAUAUACGAGUCGAUUGGCAAGUCGGUCACAGUACCACAUUACGGCUCCAAAACAAUACAAGUGCGGUUAACGGUAGUGCCGGAUGACGGGACCGCACGGAGCCAACGGGAGAGGCGCGAGGGGAGGCGACGGCGGAGAAAAGAGCAACCUAGUGUCGUCACAGCCACGCACGAAAGCGUAGAGCAAACCGACGACGAGCAAAGAGAGCGGCUUUCACCUGAUGAAGACGUGUCUUCAAAGUCUUCAUGCUCCGGCGAUCGUAGACAGCCGCAACGCCCCCAACCCACCAAUCAUCGCCCUCACCGACACCCUCGCCGGGAGCACCGCGAGCGUAGACACAUGAAAAAACGAUCUGGAAGCUUACAACGACGUGAACUACUCGAAAUCAUUCAGGCCAACAUGGAAAAAAAUCACCUGAGUUUUCAAGCAUCGAGAAAGCCCAGUGAACCUAUUGCCAACGAAGAAGAAAUCACAAGUAAAUACCAGAAGCUUCGAAACAGAUCGUACACGGUCAGUGAGAAACCUUUGAAUGCAUUCCAAAAGUUGAAGGCCGAGAACACCGGGAACGGUUAUCUGGACUUGGCCAGCGGUGGUGAUUCAAAUCUAUGUAGGUACGAUAGAUACUUACACGCCGUGAUAUGCUCGUCGGCGCGGCAUGCGCACACAGGAUUUCAUCAGAAACAAGCGCAGACACCACGGCCGGCGCGAGCUCACCACGCACAACACGUGCGCUCCAGGUCGCACGACCUACCUGCCCAGCCACACCAACAACCCAAAAUCCUACAAAUCAUAUUCUUAUAGAAUUUAAGAAAGGGCAUUGUCGGCGACGGCAUUGUCCUCUUCACUUGCUGACUGCUUAAGUGUGUGCGAGUUACAAAUUCAAAGUGUAAUGAAUUGUUAGUUACCAAGCGCUGUAAAAUCGAUUGGCAUGUAAUGUAGUAAGAAAAAAUUGUCAACAAAUGAGUGUAUAAGAUUUACCUUAGUAAUAAUACUUUAGUCAUUAAUCAGUAUUUAUUGAAGACAGUAUAAUUAUGUAAUUACUCUGGAUCUGGAAAUGAAUUUACGGCACAAAAAUCUCAUGUAAACUCUUAUUUACAUACCUAUAUUAAAAUAAAACUGUAUUUGUAAAUGCAGAGCUUGGAAAAAUGAAUGUUUAUAAAAUUAAGAAGCGUGUUUUCGUAACUGACUGUAAUUUGGGUGUUGUUUUAUGUAUUUGACCAUGUUUCUUGUAAAAAGUGCCUUAGUUAACUAGCCGCAACCUUUUGCGUCUGGGUUUCUCUAGUACGCUAAGGAUGUUCGCCAAUGUGUACUUCAUGUAUACGGCUAGUUCUCAAUGCUCAGUAGUUUAUGUACCUUUACAAUAUUGUAAAACUCAUUGUUGAGUUUAGACUGAUUCUAGAUGUAAGUGUUAGGUGCUCAGAAGAAAGUUUAUAUACAUUGUUAUGUGACACUUGAUGUAUGAAACGACUGUCAGUACUUAAUUAAGAACACUGAUUUUCUAGCCUGUCUAUAAUAACUUAGUAUUGGAAUAUCGUAGGCAACUUUUGGAUUAGCUCUUUUUAUUGGAACAUUUACUGUCAACGCAUUACCAGUAUCAGUAUUCAUUAUUCUUAGAAAAUUAAUUGACAUGAAUCUCUCGAUAUUAUUAUCUACCUCUUAAUUUACUUUCUUAGUGUUAUUAUUUAUUAUCAGCUGAAUCCUAAAGUAAUGUAAUACUU